AUGCGAAAGGUCCUUUCACCUGCAUUUUCAACAUUAAAGAAGACAAAUUUCUCAACAACCAGUGCUAUCUUUGCACCAAGAGUCCAAAAACCAGCUCCAGAUUUCUCUGGCACAGCUGUUGUCAACGGAGAAUUUAAAGAAGUUAAACUAUCAGAUUACUCUGGAAAAUAUGUUGUUUUGCUUUUCUACCCUCUGGACUUCACAUUUGUCUGUCCAACGGAACUGAUUGCAUUUAGUGACAAGCACAACGAAUUUCGUAACAUACAAUGUCAAGUUAUUGGUGUUUCUACAGACUCGGAGUUUAGUCAUUUAGCUUGGACCAACACACCUAGAAAGGAUGGUGGGUUAGGUAAAUUAGAAAUUCCACUACUGGCGGAUUAUAAGAAGAAAGUUUCACAAGAUUAUGAAGUUCUCCUUGAUGAAGGUUUUGCAUUACGAGGUCUGUUCAUCAUAGAUGGAAAUGGUGUUCUGAGGCACAUGUCUGUCAAUGACUUACCAGUUGGCAGGUCUGUGGAGGAGACUCUGAGAUUGGUCAAAGCUUUCCAGUUUGCUGACAAACAUGGGGAAGUAUGCCCAGCCAAUUGGAACCCAGAAACAAACUCUGCCACCAUCAAGCCGAGCCCCGCUGAGAGCAAAGAAUACUUCCGAAAGGCAAACUAG